AUGGCUGAGUUGAAUUUGGGAAAGGGGCUGACUGCGGGGAAAGUGGCCAGCAACGUUCAGAAAAAACUAACAAGAGCCCAAGAAAAGGUUCUUCAGAAGCUUGGCAAAGCCGAUGAGACCAAAGAUGUUGCUUUUGAGGAAGGAGUGAUCAACUUCAACAAACAAUAUACUGAAGGCAGUAAGCUGCAAAGGGACCUAAGGGCAUACCUGGAGGCAGUGAAAGCCAUGCACGAGUCCUCCAAGAACGUGCAGUCAUGUUUGGCUGACAUGUAUGAACCGGAGUGGUACGGCAAGGACGAAGUGGAUUCCGUUGUGGAGGACUGUGAUGUGCUGUGGACCGACUACCACCAAAAGCUGGUCGAUCAUGCUCUCAUCUCCAUGGAUACUUACCUGGGCCAGUUCCCUGACAUCAAGGCACGUAUUGCUAAGAGGGACAGGAAGCUGGUGGAUUAUGACAGUGCCAGGCACAACUAUGCCACCACACACAAGACCAAGAAAAAGGACGGGGGCAUUAAAAUUACCAAGCCCUCCUCUUUGUUGGAGAGGGCCACUCCAGGCUGGGCUCAGGGAAUCUUGUCCGCACAUAAUGUUGCCCAGAGCAGUCUGUCCAGAAACCAGGCUGAGGAUGAGUUGGAGAGAGCCCAGAAGGUGUUUGAGGAGAUUAAUAUUGACUUGCAAGAGGAAUUACCUUCACUCUGGAACAGUCGUGUUGGGUUUUAUGUCAGCACCUUCCAGAGUUUGGCUGGUUUUGAGGAGAAGUUUCACAAGGAAAUUGGCAGGUUGGAUCAGGAUUUGUAUGACAUCUUGGUGAAACUGGAGAGUGAAGACACGCAAAAAACAGGUACCGGCGGCGCCUCAUCGUCAGGAACAAAUAGGAGUGUGAAAGAAGCCACUAACCACACUCUCAGGCCAGCAGGACCACCGCCAAUACCCAAAUCUCCAUCCAAGCUGAGGCCUGCAGUGCCUCCUCCACCCAAGGUGACCCCAUCUAAAGAGUUGAAAACUGAGAACAUCAUCAGCCUGUUUGAUGCCGCAGCUACCCCUGAUAUCAACGUCACCUCCCCGACAGAGCCUGCAGACUGGGACUCAUGGCAUGAGGACAGUGGUGCCCAGGAAGAGGACACCCAGCCGAACUAUGACCCUGUGGCUGCUGCUACAGAUGCCUGGGGGGACGAUGGUUCACAGCCUAUCCGCUAUGACCCCAUAGCAGCUGCCACAGAAGGCUGGGGAGAUGACGGAACCAAACCGGUUCGCUAUGACCCUGUGGCUCCGGCUCAGGAGGGAGGGGGGGAUGAUGAGGGCCAGCAGGUUCUUUACAGUCCCGAGGCUGAGGCCAAGGAGGACUGGGGCGAUGACGGGGGACAGCCGGUCACAGAGGUGCCUGCCCCUGAGGAUGAAACACCUGCAGCUGAGGCUCCAGCUGAAGUCGCUGAGGAAGAAACCACACCAGCUGCUGCUGCGUUGGAUGAUGAAGAAGAGGGUCAGGGUGAGUCUGCAGCAGCUGCUGCAGCACCAGAGGAAGAGGCACCGACAGAGGAGACGCCUGAAGUAGCAAAAGAAUCAACAGAGGUAGCACCAGCGCCCGAAGAAAUGCCACCUGGCUUCUUGUUCAAGCUCCAGGUGAUGCAUGAUUAUGCUGCCAACGACACAGACGAACUGGAGAUGAAGACUGGUGAUGUGGUGCUGGUAAUCACCUUUGACAACCCUGACGAACAGGAUGAUGGCUGGCUGAUGGGAAUGAAGCAGGAUGACUGGCUGCAGAAUAAAGAAAACGCUGCUAAAGGAGUAUUCCCAGAAAACUUCACCCAGAGGCUGUGA